GGCGCAUGAGUAAAGAUUGCGCAACAGACAGAGUCAUCUGCUGUCAGUGCGGGUGCAGAUGUGACAACCCCCCCAUGUAGUAGAAAAUUCGCCAAUUUUUUUUUUCCGUUGCCAAUUUGAAGUUUUCGGUCAAACGCCAACCGAAAGAUCUGAUGCGAAUGAUGUAAAUUUUAUGUACGUGCACACGCAAUAAAAACACUCACACACACACACCAAAAAAAAUCAAAAGAAGAGAAGAGGUAAUAUCCAAUUGGAACGUAAGAGAUAUUUAGGGGAAAAAAUUCAAUUCAGCAGACAUGGGAAUCGUGCACGCCAAGGAUCUCUCCGAAUCAUCCAAGUAUCAAGCUACCAAGACCAUUCCCAAGGUGAACAUCAACUAUGAGGAAUGCGAGGAGACCAAAGAGCUCGAACUCAAUGUUCCGGCCAGGGUAGAUAAGAUUCAUGUGGAGGGUUUGGGAAGGACGAAGAACGACAUUGUGGAGGAUGCUCUGAAAGAUAUCUUCACCGCAAACACCUUUCAGGAGGUGCUCCACAAAACGCACACUGCCAGACAGAAAUUGAAUUCGUUGAGUCUAUUUAGGAACGUCUCCGUGCAUAUUGACGUGAGCAAAGGGUCGAAGGCCACCAAGGACGGACUCGAGGUGACGUUUCAGGUGAAGGAGUUGAAGAGGGUCGUGGGGGGCGUCAACACGCAGAUCGGUAACAACAAUGAGGGAUCUCUGGUCGUCGGUUUGAAAGCCCCGAACGUUUUCGGUCGCGGCGAAAGGCUGCAAACCGAGUACAGUUACGGUUCGAGGAGGAGUAACAACUACAGCGUGAACUUUAUUAAGCCGUUCAUGGGGAAGAGGAAUCCGGUGUUCACUGCGGGCGUUUAUCAGCACACUUCGGAGUGGCCUUCUUCGGGGUAUAAGCAGCUGGAGAGGGGCGGACUCUUGGAUUUCGGUUUCAAUUCGCACCAUUUGCUGAAACACAACCUCCAAUACGAUGCGUGCAUCAGGGAUAUGGGCGUGAUCAGCAGGAAUUCGUCUUUCGAUGUACGCGAGCAGUCUGGGAGCACGCUGAAGUCGGCGCUGAGGCACAUCCUCACCAUCGAUCUGCGAGACGAGCCGAUUUUCCCGUCGUGCGGCAGUCUGCUGCAGCUCACGAGCGAAUUCGCCGGCGUCGGCGGAGACGUCGGCUUCCUGAAGAACGACUUUUACCUGCAGGCCAAUUACUCGCUGAUGGAAGACUUUGUGUUGCAAGGGACUUUGUCUGGAGGAUUCAUGCACGAGAUCGGAGACGAGAAAAAGAUCAACCUGUGCGACAUGUACUACCUGGGCGGUCCUCUCUCGUUGAGGGGAUUCAAGACGCGCGGCGUCGGGCCGCAGUCGGACGGAGAUGCUCUCGGUUCCCUGUGCUACUUCAGCGGCGGUCUCCAUCUGUACACUCCGCUGCCGUUCAGGCCCGGAAAAGGUGGUUUCGGUGAGCUCUUCCGCACGCAUCUGUUCGUGAACGCCGGCAACGUGGCGGACACCAAGUCCGAGGAUGUCGUCGAGCAGCUGAAGAACAAUCUGCGCGUUUCGUCCGGCAUCGGCGUUGCCAUAAGAUUGGGACAGAUGGCGCGCGUCGAGAUCAACUACUGUUUCCCGCACAAAUUCGAGCAAGACGAUAGGGUGCAGGAGGGCAUUCAGUUCGGCGUCGGCGUGCAAUUCGUAUGAUAGUGAAUCAUCUUCGUCGUCUUCGAAGAUGCAAAGACGGAGGGAGGGAGGGAAAAUGAUGAAUGUGUCUUCUUGGUUUGUGUUUCGUGCAUUUAAGCAAAUUGUUUUCUUUAUUUUUUAUUUGAUUGUAGUCGAUCAUGGAAAAUAUAUAUAAUAUAUAUGAUGAUGAUGAUGUUAUUGUGUUCUUGUAAAAAUCAAUAUUUUUCUUGCCCAUCUUAAGAACGAAGAGUAGUUUCUAUCACAUGUAUGUAUUCUGUACUUAAGAUAUUGUAAGAAGAUGAUUUUGAUCAUAAUCGUAUUAUCACUACAACUGUGUACAUAGGCUAACUAAAUGAAUGAUUGCACUCCAAUGGAAUUCAAUAAAUUAUAUUCAACUGUU